UUUUUUAUAUUUUAAUAUUGUUGUCAUCCAAUACUUAAUAGACAAUAAUAUCACUUGAAACUUUUAAACGUAUUUUUAUCUAUGCAGUAUGCUUUACAGCCAAUAAUCUAUAAUGUUGUUAAUAAUAUAGUAUUCUAGAUUUUAUUAAUAAUGUUGCAUAAUAUUAUUAUUGUGGAUAUAUUACAAAUUUGAGUGUUGAAGGACGCGCGAUGGCCUAUAGAUCGUCAAAAAGAUUUUCAGAUGAUAUUUUACUAGACACCAAAAAGAAGAAGAAAAAGAUUUCAAAUGAAAAAUGUAAUUUAAUUAAGGAUGAUGUAACGGAAGAAAAAACUGCAAUUGUCUGUGAUGGGCACUCGCGUCAGAAAAAAGCAUUUUUCGCCUAUUUUGGUAAAACGUUGGAUGAUGGUAAGAAAAGUAGUGCUAAUAGUAACAACAACGAUACCAAUGAAGCAAAAUUAAUGAAUAAAAAACUAAAUACAUUAAUCAAUGAUAGUGAAGUACAAAUGGAAAUUGACAAAAAUAAGAAAAAACUCAAUAGAAAAAAGAGUAUUGAAUUUAACUUCAACAAAGACUGUUUUAUGAAGUAAGUAUGUCUUAUUUUGUUUAUUUUAUUCAAACUUUUGUCAUUGUUUUGUAUUGUUUACAGAGAAAACACUAAUUUACCUUAUGUCAGUAGUUUUUUUGAAGAAUUAGGAUAUUUUCCAAAAAUCUCUCAUACAAACUGGUUGGCACCUUUCAAAAAGUCUGACCUUAUGCUAAGUUUGAAUGAAGAAAUGUUAUACAAUGAUGGCAUUAAAAACUCUACAAUUUUAUUUCAAUCAUCAAGUUCUAAAACUGAAAGAUUAGUAUUAGAACCUCAUCAUAUGGAAAUUAAUCUUCCUUACAUGAUUACAUGUUUAAAAAAAUCUGUAAGUAUAUCUGAUUUUAUUAUUAUAACAAUAAGUAAGUUUAAUAGUUCAUUCUACAAUUUAUUUAAUCAUAGAUGGUUUACAAUCUAUUUUCUAGUUGAUUCAAUUAUUAUCUUUUUAUUUCAGUUUUAAUAAAAUAAAUUAUCACCAAAAGUUAAAUAUAUAUGUAAUAAUUAAUAAACUUGCAUAUAAGUGUAUUAAAAGUUUGUUUACAUGUAUGUAAAUAAUUAUUCUUUUAUAUAAUUUUAAGAUAAUACUUAAUAAAUUGAUAAAAUAUGAAAAAUAAAACACCAUAGGUAUUAAUUUAACAUAUUGAUUAGAAAUGUAUAUCUUGUGCUAUUUUUUAGACUCCAAAUUUUCCCGUGUCACAUUUUCAUAAAUACAUGAAAAAAAAGUGUUUGUUAGCAAAACAAUCUACAACUAAUAUUGAACCUUUGUGGAUUGAUAAAUAUAAGCCAAUGUGUGAGGAAGAGGUGCUUGGUAAUAGUGAACUUGUUAAACGUCUCAAAAAAUGGCUGAAGCCCAUUAAAGAAAAAUCAAAAAAAUGUUAGUUCUAUUUAAUAAAACAAUACUACAUAUAACUUAUAUUCAUUGUAUUUUUAAGGUAAAACAUAUGAUAGUGAUGAUAAUUAUGUCUUUGCAAGUGAUGGUGAUAGUGAUUCAAAUAGUAAAGUACAAGUACACCACAAUUUAGCUAUUUUACUUGGACCCAGUGGUUGUGGUAAAACAAGUGCAGUAUAUGCUGUAGCUAAUGAACUUAACGCAAAUGUAACUAUUAGUUUUCUUUUUAAAAUUAUUCUUAAAAAUAAUUGUAUUCUUUGGUAUCUUUAAUAUAGGUAAUAGAAUUGAACGCUUCCUGUAAUAGAAAUGGUAAACGUAUCAUAACAGAUUUAAUGGAAGCUACACAAUCUCAUGCAGUAGAAAAAAAUUGUCUAUUUAAUAUGAUAAAAGGUUUAGUUCACUUAUAUUUAAUAUUUAAAAAUAUGUUUACUUUUAUUAAACAAACUAUUUGCUCAUUUACUAAUCAAUCACAUUUUUAAAAAUCUAUAGUAAGUAAUAUUAUAGCAAAAUUUCUAAUUUGUAUUAUUUUUUAUAGAGAAAAGUAAAAAACAUAAGAAUUUAAAGGGAAAAAAAGAAAUGAAUGAAAAAAUGACAAUUAUUUUAAUUGAAGACGUAAUGUAGAUGUUACAUAUACAAUUUUUAUGGCUUAUAUAUUAUGUUAAAAUUAAAAUUGAUUACCAUUAAUUUUAAAAUUGAUUUAUAUGUAGGCUGAUAUAUUGUUUGAAAAUCAUGAUGAUGGAUAUCUUUCAGCAAUAUCAACUUUAGCUACUGAUUCGAAAAGACCAUUCAUCUUAACAGCAAACGACUCUUUUAGUAACAAUUUAUUGAAAUUUUUUGUAUCCAGCAAAAUGGUUCUUAAUUUUGUGUAUCCACCAAAACAACAUUUGAGUAAGUAUAAUAUAAUUUAAAUUGUUUUCAUUACAUCCUACUUAUUCAAUGAUAUAUAAAUUAUAUUACGUGUUAUUGUCUAAGAUUGUUUUCUACAGUUGAUGGCUUUAAAUGAAGGAGUCAUUAUGUCUGAAGAUGAAAUAAAAACUUUUAUCCAUCCAUUGAAACCUGAUGUGAGACAGAGUACACUACAAUUACAAUAUAUUUUGAAUACUGGAGAGAUAGCUAAUGUAAUAUUUUUAACAAUUAUACAUUAGAAACAAAAUGUUUUUAUCUUAACUAAUUAAUUUGGACUAUUUAUUCAGAGAACACUAAACAACACCUAUAUAAGAUGCAUAAACUCGGCCUGGUGGAAUUGGCCUUAUGUGUUGGGAUAUGAUUCAAUUAAUAUUGAAAAUGAUAAACAAGCUAAGUGUAACAUAAAUAUGGCAACUAUAUGUGAAAACUUAGAUGUUUUAUCAAAACUAAAUUUAAUAAAUGCAAAAACACAGGUUUGUGUAAUUGUAUGAUUAAAUUAAAUGGCAGUAUGUAAAUUGAAUAUAUCAAAUUAUAGUAUUACAAUAUUCAUAUUUGAUCACAAAAUAAAUUUUUUAUUGUAUUUGUAUGUACAUUAGAGUUGCAAUUUCCUAGACCCGCAACCAUUUUGGCAUCACAUUGCCAUAAGGGACAGUUCUAGUUUGAUUGAAACCAAUCAUUGGUCAGAUAACACUGUUCAACUUUCGACUGACAUAUUUGACUGGAUAUAUAAUCAUAUUAAUACACGAGAUUAUAAUUGUGAUAAAUUGUACCCUACACCUGAGGAUUUGAGGUACCAACAACAAAAAAAAGUAAUGUAACUUAUAUUUAUUGUUAACAUAAUUUAUUAUUUUUAUAGUCACCGACAAAGGAUGUGGAAUAUUUCCAAUGAUUUAGUAGAACAAAUAGGCCUAGACUUUUGUAAUCGUAAAAAUGAAACUUGUUUUGAUUAUAUGGCCACCAUUCGUUCUUUAAGUAAGAAUCAACAGGUAAAUCAACCAUUUUCAAAUUUGAGGCAAUCAAAAAUGUUUUCAUAUUUGAGACGGAUCAAUAUCGAGGUUGACAGCAAUGAAUUAAAACACUUUUGUGAUUCCUUUCAAUCCAAUUCAAAUUGUUAUCAGCCAGUUAAUCAAUCUGAUCAGUUAUAAAUGUUAUAAAUAAAAUAUUUUUUCUGGAAAUUAUUUGAAAAUACCGAAUUUUUAUAAUUUUUUAAUUAGUAAAUGAUGUGUACUUAUUUUUUGCAAUAAAAAAA